AUAUUCUUAAAUCUCUAUUUUGAUAUUUUGUAUUUAAUUUUGUAUUUUACUUUUCCCGCUAUUUUUAUUGCAUCCCGGCCUGUUCUGAAACUAAGCACAGCUUCUUUCUUCUUCAUCGUAGUCAAGGCUGGAAGGCAGAAUUAUUCCGAAAUGGCCGAUGAUGACUGGGAUGAUGGUCCAUCAACAACAACAUACUCUGCUCCUGUUUCUAACUUAUACCAGCAAUCAGAGACCGGAAGGGGUGGUAAAGGUAGAGGCUUUGACCCGGUAGACAAUGAAGAGAGAGGUAACAGCUACGGUGGAAGAUCCGGCUUUGGAUCUGACAGAGGAGGCAGAGGUGGUGGACGGGGAGGAGGACGUGGUGGAGGUCGCGGCGGAGAAAGAGGAGGCCGUGGUGGCGGAAGAUUUGGUGAUGGAGACGGACGGAGAGAAGGAGACUGGAUCUGCCCUGAUUCAGACUGUAACAAUAGCAAUUUCAGCUGGCGAACAGAAUGUCAAAAAUGUCAGACUUCAAAGCCUGCAAGUGAAGGUAGUGGUCGCCGUUAUGAUGACGGAGAAAGCCGUGGAGGCCGCGGCGGGGGCCGUGGUGGUAGAGGAGGUGGGCGAGGAGGACGCUAUGAUGAUGGUGGAGACAGCUAUGGUGGUGGUAACCGUUAUAGUAAUAGAGAUGAGGAUGGUGAUAAUGGAAGUUCUUUCCGUGGAGGAAGAGGAGGUGGACGGGGAAGGGGAGGUGGCAGGGGAGCCGAAAAUGGAGAUAAUGGUCAGAAAGAGGAAGAUUGGAUUUGUCCGGACAAUGAAUGUGGAGCCAGUAAUUUCGGGAGGCGGCGGAAAUGUCACAAGUGCGAGACUCCCAAACCUGGUGGAGAUGGCGAUGAAAAACCACGCCCAGAGCUUUACAUUCCCCCGGAGCCUACAGACGAUGAUGCUAUAUUGUACGGAGGUGGAAUAUCUUCUGGUAUUAACUUCGACAAAUACGACUCAAUUAAAAUUAAGGUAUCAGGCAAUAAUGUUCCGGAACCUAUCAGAGAUUUUAAUAGUGCUGGACUCAGGCCAUUUGUGCUUGAAAACAUAAGGAAGUCCGGCUACACUAAACCAACACCGGUACAAAAGAACGCUAUUCCAAUCAUUAUGAGUGGUCGAGAUUUGAUGGCGUGUGCUCAAACAGGAUCAGGGAAAACGGCUGCCUUCCUCAUUCCCAUUAUCAAUACAUUACUAGAAAGUCCAAGAGACCUUGUGUGUGAGGGUGAAACCUGUGAACCUCAAGCCAUUAUAGUUUCACCUACUCGAGAACUGACCAUUCAGAUAUUUGAUGAGGCACGGAAAUUUUCAAAAGGAUCUAUUUUGAAGGUUUGCAUUUCAUAUGGAGGUACUGGAACAAUGCACCAAGCCUCAAAAUUGAUGAACGGAUGUCACAUCCUGGUAGCUACUCCUGGAAGACUUAACGACUUUGUGAACCGAGGCCGCAUCGCCUUUGGAUCUGUUAGGUUUUUUGUAUUGGAUGAGGCAGACAGAAUGUUGGACAUGGGUUUUCUGGGAGACAUGGAAAAAAUGCUGAAUCAUGCUUCAAUGGUGGCAACGGGAGAACGUCAGACUCUUAUGUUCUCUGCAACGUUCCCAGAUGAAAUUCAGCAGCUGGCUGGACAGUUCCUGCACAACUACAUCUUUGCUGCUGUUGGAAUAGUGGGUGGAGCUUGUGCAGAUGUAGAACAGAUUUUCUAUCAGGUUGCAAGAAAUGAAAAACGUAACAAAUUAAAAGAAUUGCUUUUGCAAGACAAUGAUAAAGUACUAGUCUUUGUUGAGACGAAACGGAACGCUGAUUUCAUUGCAGUGUAUUUGUCCGAACAAAAUAUCCCCACCACAAGCAUCCAUGGAGACAGAAUGCAGCGAGAGCGAGAGAUAGCUCUCAGUGAUUUCAAAUACAACAGGAUGAGAGUGCUCGUCGCAACAGCUGUUGCUGCUCGUGGUUUGGAUAUCAAGGGAGUGGCACAUGUGAUAAACUAUGACUUGCCUAAAUCGAUUGACGAGUACGUCCAUCGCAUCGGUAGAACUGGACGAGUGGGUAAUCGUGGAAAGGCUACAUCGUUUUUUGACAGUGAAGCCGAUGGGCCUUUGGCUUCCUUCUUAGUUAAAAUUCUGCAACAGGCCAAUCAGGAAAUACCAGACUGGAUGGAUUCUGCCUCAUAUGGUGGUGGUUCUAGCUUCUCCAUGGGCAGGAACUUUGGCGGCACAGACUUCCGAAAGACUGAUUCAUUCAAUAAUGGACCCCAGCCUCAAUCUGCAGAAGCAGAAGAAGAAUGGUAGUUUUGCUGUGUAUUUUAAAUAGAUGUAUAUAAUUAUGUUUAUAUAUAUCGUAAGUUAAAAGACUGUGAUCAAAUGUAUAAUAAGGACAUUCCGACCAACCUUUGUCAUAGCUUUGUUUAUUUAGUUUUUCUUAAUUCUUUUACAUUGUUUAACAAAGAAGCCAAGACUACUGAGACAUGAGUGCCUUUCUCUGAUGCUGAUUUUUUUAGUCUGAGACAUGUGACAUUUAAUCUUUUUAAAGUCAAAAUUAUGUAUUAGUUUUGGUGCACAAAUAGCAAUCCAUUAAUUUUACUAGUUUGGACAAAGGCUAAUAAUAAAAAUUUUCAAAGCCGUCUGUUUUGAACAGUGAUUUUGCAUUAAAAAGACAACAUUGGCGUGUGAUACUUAAAGAGUUUAAAUGUUUCACUUGAACAUGUGUUUGGGCAUAGUUACUAUGUUUUAAUAUGUUCCUUAAGAGGGAGGAUAGCUUUUGUUUAUUUUCUACUUUCAAAAUGGGAUUUAGCCCACUUAAGUUUUUGAUAUUUUCUUCUGAUUAACAGUAAUAUUUUUGUCUUUUUAGUAAUAAUUAUGAUUACUUGCUUCACUGUAUCACUUAAUUGUUGUAGGUGCUAUUUAUCAAGUGAGCUUCAAUGUUUGAUCGCUUGACCAUACCUUGUUGAAGCCAAAGUACUGUUUUUACUUAAUAAUUUAGCUGUUGUCAUAUUUUGUUCUAUAGCGUAGAAAAGUAUUAUUUUGAAUGUUAAGAUGUUUCUUAAUUGUUUACGAAAAUACAAGAGUAGAACUUGUUAAAGUAAAAACUAACAACAAUCUAUUUUUAUUGUAAAGUAAUACAAACAGGAUUAUCGAUCUUAGUAAUAAGAUCUUAUUAUUAUAUAGGUAGGACACUUUUUAAAGUUACAUGAUGUAAGUUUGAGCGAAUUGUUUCAUAAACAAUCUUCAAACUAAUAAUUUACUAUAAUUUCCUGUCAUAUUGGUUUUUUUAUUAAGUUAGUUGAUAAUACAAAUUUUUGUUAAAGUACUA